GAGGGGGAGGGAGGUCUCGGCGGCGGCAUGGCGAGGUUCCCGAGGGCAGACCUGGCCGCUGCAGGAGUUGUGUUACUUUGCCACUUUUUAAUGGACCGUUUUCAGUUCACUGAAGGGGAGCCUGGAAACCAAAUCAAUGAUUGGCAAUAUCAAGUUGCUCAGGUCUUCCCACGAACAGAACAGGAAGUCGAUGUGGACACGCAUGCAUUCAGCCACCGGUGGAAAAGGAGCUUGGAUUCCCUCAAGGCAGUAGACUCGAACCGAGCAAGCAUGGGCCAAGACUCCCCAGAGCCCAGAGGCUUCACAGACCUGCUACUGGAUGAUGGGCAGGACAACACCACCCAGAUUGAGGAGGACACAGAUCACAAUUACUAUAUAUCUCGGAUAUAUGGUCCCUCCGAUUCAGCCAGCCGGAAUUUGUGGGUGAACAUAGACCAGAUGGAAAAAGACAAAGUGAAGAUCCAUGGAAUUUUGUCCAAUACUCACCGGCAAGCUGCGAGAGUGAAUCUGUCCUUCGAUUUCCCAUUUUAUGGCCAUUUCCUACGUGAAAUCACUGUGGCAACUGGGGGUUUCAUAUACACUGGAGAAGUCGUACAUCGAAUGCUAACAGCCACACAGUACAUAGCACCUUUAAUGGCAAAUUUCGAUCCCAGUGUAUCCAGAAAUUCAACAGUCAGAUAUUUUGAUAAUGGCACAGCACUUGUUGUCCAGUGGGACCACGUACAUCUCCAGGAUAACUACAACCUGGGAAGCUUCACAUUCCAGGCAACCCUCCUCAUGGAUGGACGCAUCAUCUUUGGAUAUAAAGAAAUUCCCGUCUUGGUCACACAGAUAAGUUCGACCAAUCACCCAGUGAAAGUGGGACUGUCUGAUGCAUUUGUCGUUGUCCACAGGAUCCAACAAAUUCCCAAUGUCCGGAGAAGAACAAUUUAUGAAUACCACCGAGUAGAGCUACAGAUGUCAAAAAUUACCAAUAUUUCAGCUGUGGAGAUGACCCCAUUACCUACAUGUCUCCAGUUUAAUGGUUGUGGCCCCUGUGUAUCCUCUCAGAUUGGCUUCAACUGCAGUUGGUGUAGUAAACUUCAAAGAUGUUCCAGUGGAUUUGACCGCCAUCGGCAGGACUGGGUGGACAGUGGAUGCCCUGAAGAGUCAAAAGAGAAGAUGUGUGAGAACACAGAGCCAAUGGAAAGUUCUUCUCAAACCACCACAACUAUACAAGCAACAACCACAAAAUUCAGGGUCUUAACAACCACCAGAAGAGCAGCGACAUCCCAGCUGCCCACCAGUCUGCCCACAGAAGAUGAUACCAAGAUAGCACUACAUCUAAAAGAUAAUGGAGCUUCUACAGAUGACAGUGCAGCCGAGAAGAAAGGGGGAACCCUUCAUGCUGGCCUCAUUGUUGGGAUUCUCAUCCUGGUCCUCAUUAUAGUAGCCGCCAUUCUUGUGACAGUCUACAUGUAUCACCAUCCAACGUCAGCAGCCAGCAUUUUCUUUAUUGAGAGACGCCCAAGCAGAUGGCCUGCGAUGAAGUUUCGAAGAGGUUCUGGUCAUCCUGCCUAUGCUGAAGUUGAACCAGUUGGAGAGAAAGAAGGUUUCAUUGUAUCAGAGCAGUGCUAAAAUUUCUAGGACAGAACAGCACCAGUGCUGGCUUACAGGUGUUAAGACUAAAAAUUUGCCUAUACCUUUAAGACACAUACAACACACACACACACACACACACACACACACACACACACACAGGAGCCCUAAGCUGCUGUAGCCUGAAGGAGAGGAGAUUUCUGGACAAGCCCAGCCCAGCCCAGGAAGGGG